AUCAAUAUAACUGGGCCACACUUUUUUGUCAAUUAAUACAAAUAGUUUUUGUUCUCUCUCGGUCCCAUCUCAUCGUAGUAGAGAUAGAUAAAUACUGAAACAUUGUUAUCUUUUUUUUACAGGAUAAAACCAGAAGCCAAUCUAAUACGUUAGAGAUUAGAAAGAAAAAACCUUUCAAACAGAUGGCAAGAGUUGUUAAAGUUGAUUCUUCAGAAUCAUGGGACUUUUAUGUCAGUCAAGCCAAGGAUCAAGGUUGUCCUAUUGUGGCUCACUUCACAGCGUCAUGGUGUAUUCCUUCUGUGUUUAUGAACUCUUUCUUCGAAGAGCUUGCCUUUAGCUAUAAGGAUGCUCUGUUUCUCAUCGUUGAUGUUGAUGAUGUCAAGGAAGUGGCGAGUCGACUAGAAGUAAAGGCGAUGCCAACUUUCUUGUUCUUGAAGGAUGGUAAUGCGAUGGACAAAAUCGUGGGCGCAAACCCUGAUGAGACCAAGAAAAGGGUCGAUGGUUUCGUUCAGUCCUCACGCGCGGUUCCUAUUGCUUAGAAAUAUUGUAUAUAUGAAUUAAGAGCAGAGGAAUACUAAUAAAAUUUGUGUGAAAUGUAAGUUUGGUAUAUGGUUUGUGUGAUAAAUCAAGUGUAAGUGUACAUUUCUAUAAAUACAAUUACUAUAUCUGUUUUACCUACA